AGAUGACUGUGACGCAACACCCCAGCUUCCCGGAAAUAAGCGACAGAACGGCAGAGGAUCCCAAACAUGAACCCCAAACGCGAAUUUCCCCGCGUUGCACCGGCACUUGCCUGUCUGACGUUCCUCCAGACAGUCACCCUCGCGGAGGCGUACGAUGCGGGCGACGCGGUGGCCCUGCUGCUGGGAACUGUCGUUGUCAUGGUGGGUUUCUGCGCCUGCCUGGGCUGGUACGCACGGAAGCGGAACAGACUGUUGUGAGAAAGGAUCGUCUGCUUCUGCUGCUUUGCGGUCUUGUUAUCAUCCAACAUAUAACUGUAUAUAAAUCAAUCUCCUACUAUGGACAUCUUGGAGCAAAGUUGGGACCAACACGUACGGAAAUUACCUCCGGAAGCACGUGAUGGAGAAGAACCGGAAGUAAAUCAAGAUGCAGUCCGGUUUUAAAGCACCAAAUGCUGCUGUUGCCUCUACAGAAAGACUUUUGGAAAUAUUCUCCUUAAGAUUCUUGCUUUUUUGUUUAUUUUUCAUUGCUCAACGUGUGUGUUUAGAACACAAUUGCUAAAAAAAAUAAAAGCACAUAAGCCAUGA